AUGCUCGUCAAACGCACCUCGUUCGAGUGGAUCAUCCUCCGUCCUGGUGGGCUAUCCGACAAUCCUGGAACGGGUAAAGCCGAUAUCGGACGAACCCAUCUCACUUCAACCAUCUCGCGCGAGGACGUUGCAACAGCGCUUCUCCAUCUCGCAACUGUUCCCUCAAAAGCGGCAGGACUAGGGAUCGACAUGGCCGGGGGUGAUAAGCCUAUUGGGCCCGCUCUGGACGCCUUUGUCGAGAAGGGCGUCACGGAUUGGCUGGGUCAAGCCUAA